GGAUAAUAACUUUUAAUUUAAUUAUUAUAUUCUCAUUUGGUUUACAUUAUUUAAUGAUUUGUGUUAUGUAUUAAUGUUUUUUAUAAAAUUGGAGAUUAGUUCUUAUCUAUUUUUAAAAAUUCUGAUAUCUUUACAAGGACAAAAAUAAAAUAUUUCUUAUAACUCAACCAUUUUAUCAUAAUGGAUAAAUUUAAUACAAUAUCAGCUGAUACUGAAUCUCAAAAUGAUUCAAAACUUGGAAAGAAUCUACCCACUGCUGAUGCAAAUAUUGCUCAGAAAAUGAAUGGAACACGUUUUGGAAUAGAUCCUAUUAAAUUAUCACCAAAUAGGUAUGAUGGUGAAAGUAGUAGUUCAUCCCCAACUAUCAAUCACAGAGAUGAUUUAAAUCUAAUGACACAACUUCAGAAAGGAGCAGACAACCCAACUUUUCAAUCUCAGGAUGAACAUCCAACUACCAAUAAUGUCAAUAAAUUAACAGAUUUAUCUAGCAGCCAUCUCACUACAUCAAACACAGAUCAUAAACCAUCAGAUCAUAGUUUUUUAAAUGCAAGUUUCCAAAAAGAUACACCUGAAGAUGACAUUAGCCCCCUACCUUUGCCUAGUGCUUUCCGUCGAGGCAAAAACAAAAAUAAAGGAAUCACAUAUAGCGAUGAUGAUAAUAUUAUUCGGGGCAAAAAAAAUGUUCAAUUACACUCAAAAAUAAAUGAUAAUAAUCAUAUUGAAGGGAAUGAAAUAAAUAUUAGUGAUAAUGAGGAUAGUAAAGAUGAUAUUGAGGAUAGAGGUUUCAUAGAUGAAGAUAGGAAAAAUUAUUUCCGGAAAAAAAUAUCUACUUAUGAAACACUCCCUUCUGCCCAACAUUACAAAAACAUCUUUUCAGAUGAUAAUGUUAAGACUGGAGGUCGGCCCAGUUUGUCAGAACUACAUGGUGAUAUUAGUUUGGUGGAAGAAGAAUAUGGAACCAUGGGGAAAGAAGAAGAAAAGGAGAUUGGGGACAUAGAAUCGGAGAAAGAAAUGGGAAUAUCUCAAGGUCCGAAGUUUGGUUGGAUCAAGGGUGUUGUGGUUAGAUGCCUUCUCAAUAUAUGGGGUGUGAUGCUAUUUUUGCGUCUUUCCUGGGUCGUUGGACAAGCAGGAAUAGGAUUAUCAACUCUUAUUAUAAUCAUUUCGAUGAUCGUAAUUAUAAUAACUGCGAUGUCUAUGGCCGCUAUCUGUACGAACGGAGAGAUCAAAGGAGGUGGUGCUUAUUACAUGUUAUCUCGUAGUUUAGGCCCUGAGUUUGGUGGCGCCAUCGGCAUAAUAUUUUCUCUAGCUAAUGCAGUUAGUGUUUCGAUGAACGUAGUCGGGUUGGCCGAAACUAUAGUCGACAUGAUGCAACAUUAUGGUGGGACAACAUACGGUAUUAGCACUUCUAAUUGGAUAAGAAUUAUCGGUUGUUCUGUAACCGUUUUAUUGUUAGGAGUAGUUAUGGCUGGUUUAGAAUGGGAAACGAAAACCCAACUCGUAUUUUUAGUUUUGUUGCUACUAUCUUUCGUGAAUUACUUCGUCGGCACAGUCAUCCCUCCUACGCCUUACAAAAAAUCGAGGGGUGUAAUGGGAUAUAAGGGCGCGAUAUUUAAAGAGAACUUUGGGCCAUCUUUUAAAGGGGAAACAUUCUUCUCGGUAUUCGCCAUAUUUUUUCCUUCUUUCACGGGCUUUCUAGCUGGUUGUAACAUAUCCGGUGAUUUAAAAAAUGCCCAAACAGCCAUACCUAAAGGUACUUUUUGGGCCAUUUUUAUAACUAGCUUUUCUUAUUUACUAAUGGUUUGGACAUUUGGGGCUUCCGUUAUCAGGGAUGCUUCAGGAAUAUUAUCUGAUUUAUAUCUCAAUUCCAAUCCCAACAAUUCCAUGUUGAGCGUAUCAGAGCUUAUAAAGCCCACAAGCGCUUUGAGGGAAUGUUUACCUGGUAGGGACUGCAAAUUUGGACUUAGAAAUGAUUAUCAGACAGCUGAAUUACAAUCAGCCUUUGGCCCUAUAAUAACUUUAGGAAUUUUCGCUGCUUGUCUCUCAUCUGCUAUAGCUUCUCUAGAAGGUUCUGCUAAAGUUUUUCAGGCCCUUAGCCGAGACAGGUUAUUUCCUAUACUCAGUUUUUUCGCGGUGGGUACCAAAAAACACGGCGAACCUUUCAGGGCUUAUUUCCUCAUGUUUUUCAUAGCAAUAUUGUUCAUCCUUAUGGCAAAUUUGAACAUUCUGGCACCAAUUAUAUCCAAUUUUUUCCUCAUGUCUUUCGCGCUCAUAAAUUACUCAUGUUUCGACGUGUACAUGUCGGGUAGUAUUGGCUUCAGACCUGGCUACUCCUAUUACAAUCAUUGGAUCAGUUUAAUCGGUGGCGUGAUGUGCAUAAUUACAAUGUUUCUCAUUAAAUGGUGGGCUACCCUGUUAACGUUCUUUUUCGUGUUUUUCUUUUACGGUUACGUGCAUUACAAAAAACCAGAUGUCAACUGGGGUUCAUCUAGUCAAGCUCACGUUUAUAAAAGCGCUCUUGCUUGGGUCAUGAAACUCAAUCAAACGGAAGAACACGUCAAAAAUUUUAGACCUCAAAUUUUGGUGCUUACGGGUGAUCCCAGAAGCCGUCCCACAUUGCUGGAUUUUGUCAAUUACUUCACUAAAAAUCUAAGCCUGCUCAUAUGCGGAUACGUCAUGAUAGAAAACACUCCCGACUACACGAACCCACCUAAAUUAAAAGAGAUUUAUGAAUUUCUCGAUAAACGGAAGGUUAAAGCUUUAUACGAUAACAUUAGAGCACCUAAUUUGAGGCAAGGCGCUUUUGGGCUACUCGAAGUCGCUGGAUUGGGAAGAUUAAAACCAAACAUAUUAAUGAUGGGUUAUAUGUCAAAUUGGAGGGAUGAAGACCUCGCCGACGUUAAUAAUUAUUUCUUUAUCAUCCACGAUGCCUUCGAUCUGAGGUUUGGUGUAGGCAUAUUCAAAAUGCCGGAGGGAUUGGAUUUUUCUUUUUUCACCAUUCCCCUUUCUGCUUCUUCCAACCGCAAUAACGGCCAACCCGGUAACCGUUUUAACACACCAAUGAAUAAAAGACAAACUCUUUCAGUGAUGGGCAAAGAAUUUAAACAGAUAUCUGGCGCUAGAAAACUUUUCGAGAAAUGGGGCAAAAAUUGGCGGCCCAAACAAAAAGUCUCCGAUAGAAGAAUAUCUAAAGACGACUUAGAUAUUCAAAAUAUGGAAGAUGGUGGAGCUAUUAACCCCGAUAUCGUAACCAAUGAUACUACCAAAACAAGUAAUCUGUUUAUAUCCAAUUUUGACCGAGCCAAACGUGCCCUGACAGAUCGCAGGAAUACAAGAAAACAAAACGGACUUGGGGCGAUGAAAAAAAUGAGCAAAAAAUAUAGCAGAAAUAUCAUGGCAUCGAUUAACAAGUUCCAGUAUAAACAACACAAAGGGAGCAUCGAUGUUUGGUGGCUAUUUGACGACGGGGGAUUAACUAUCUUACUUCCUUAUAUAUUGGCUAACAGACGUCAUUGGGAACAAUGCAAAAUUAGAUUUUUUGCGUUAUGCAAUACCAAGGAAGAGCAAGAAAUCGUGCACACAAACUUUGCCACGUUACUCCAGAAAUUUAGGAUAGAUUAUUCCGAUCUCAUUAUAUUAUCAGACAUACAGAAAAUGCCUUACCCAUCAAGUAUUCAAGAUUUUGAGUCCAUCAUAGAGAAGUACAGAGUUAAGGAUGAGAAUGAUAAAAAUUACUCUCCCGGAAUGAUAACUGAUGCGGAAUACUGUUCAUUGCUUAACAAGACCCACCGACAGAUAAGGCUACACGAAAUGUUAACUAAUUAUUCGCUCGGUUCCAAUCUCGUUGUCAUGACUCUACCCAUGCCAAGAAAGGGAAGCAUCUCAUCUUCUAUGUAUAUGGCUUGGUUAGAGAUCAUUUCCAAAAAUAUGCCCCCUUUUCUCUUUUUGAGAGGAAACCAACAAAGCGUCAUUACAUUUUAUUCUUAGAUAAACCCAUUUUUUGAAAGUUUGAAUAAAAUCAAAUAUCUUAUUCGGUUGAUAAACAUUAUAAAAUUAUUAUAAAAAUUUAUCAUUUUUUAUCUGAAAACUAUAUUAUAUUAACUCGAUGACUUAUUCUAAACCAGCUCGUUAUUUAUGACCAGAAAAAUCAUUCUAUUUAUAACAUAUGACUUAUACCUUUUAUAUAUGAAAAAAUCUCGCUUUGUUAAUUUAUGAUUAAAAAAACAAUUUUUCACCUGGCAAAAUUCAUACGCAAUUUCUUCUACUCAAUCAUAUAAUAUAUUUUAUUUUUAAAAAUAGAUGCAAAGAAAUUUAUAUUUAUUAAAAUAAUUUAUUUAUUUGAUGUUUAUAUCCACG